ACAGGACUUCCGGAAACAGACCUACGAAUCGGGUAGUGGGACAAUCUACAUUGGAACGCUCCUUAUUGCAGAGAGUAGACGACAUUUAUUUGAAGAAAAACUUUGUUUGUUCUUACGUUUAAUGUAAAUAAUGUUCAAAAUAUAAUAUUGCUAUUAUUAUCAAAUCUAGAUACUGAUUAGUAGGCUAUUUAUCGUGGAAAUUAUUUACAGGAAAUCUCCACGGAAGCGAUUCAUCCCGCCCACCAGACCGUAUAUUAUCUGGAAAAAACGAUCAACCCCCAUGCUCAGCAAGUGAUUUCAACCUUUUGGUAAUAACGAUUUGAAUCAGUAGUACAUUAUGGUGCAAAAUAUCCCUUUAUUGACUAGCAACACGGCUGGUAGUAGCAUGUUAGCUAGCUAGCUAUUUUUCUUUAGCAAGCUGGAUACGACCCCAGACAACUGUUACAUUGUGAACCUUGCAAUUUGAUCGUCUUAUUGAACCUUUGUUGCACUCUUUUACGCUGGACUGUCUUCGCCACUUGGUUGUUAGCGAGCUGGAGGAGCUGUCACUCUUGUUGGACAGAGAAACAGAUACGCGAUGUGUCAGUGAUAGUCAUAGCAUAUUUCUACCCACUUAUUCUGAAUAACAGGGCUUUCUGAAGAGAUUCACUUUAGGAUCACACACACAGUCCUGACUUGAUCCCACAUGCACAGAUGUUUGGUGCAGAUCCCACUGUGAAUUGAUCUGUAAAAAAGACACACACGCAAGCAGUAUGUCGGAGAACCUCGUCCUCACCUUCCAGACCCAGCUCUCGGGAGUCAUGGAGACGGUCCUAAAGUCAGCCAUAUAUGAGAUCACCAGACUGGUGGAGGAUGGCUUCCUGGAGGAGGUGUCCCGAAGCCGUGAGCAGGUCGAGUCGCUGAAGAAGAGGCUACAGCGGUCGGAGAACAGAGGAAGGGAGAGGGACAGAGAGGGAGGCCAGAGGGGGAAGUGUGCAGACUGUGGGAGAGCUGAUGGGGAAGGUGGAAGCUCUGGAAACUCACAGACAGGUGCGGAGAUGGGGUGUGGCCUGAAGCAGGAGAAGGUACCAGGGGAGGAGUGGAGCAGCUGUGGGGGCGUGGCCAGGGAAACAGCCUUCCAUGAUCUGGAGGCUGAGGCCACCAGCCUUAGGAGAACCUCUGAGUCCACAGAGGUCACAGGUCAGAAGCUGGACAGCCUGCUGAAAGAGGAGCCUCUCCACAACACUGAGCUACAGGAGAGAUGGGGUGUCUGCCUGGACGGUGCCGAUGGUUCAGACGUCUCGGGGCCCAGUAAGAGUUUCAGUGAGCAGGAGCUGCAGCAGUGCCAGGCUGACUGGGGAUCCGGUCUAGACCAGGGGCCUGAACCACCAGGCCCAGAGGGAAACCCAGGGGACCCCAGUCAACCUCUCUUCCAACCCCGUUACAGCAUGGAGGAUCUGGGGGGUGGCUUUGAGAAAUCUGGUUACGGCGGUGCUGGUGGUGGAGGAGGCCAUCGUCUAGACGUGGAAGGGCUGGAUAGGCUUCCUGGUUCUCCGUCUCAUCUGGAUGCGUUGAGCUACGGAGCUGUGGGUCACUACCAGGUGGACCUGGGGGGGUCUGAGGGGGGAGACCAUCACCAUCGCUCCCACAUGCCUGGGCCCCAUCGGAGCCGGAGGGAGCAGGUGGCGUCGCCAACGCCACCCCCCCACCCAGAGGUGGGUGUCCGGAACUGCCUGUUGAUCAACGAGGAGGGUUACCUGCAGGACUCCAGUGUCUUGUACCCUGAACACGGUGUCCCAGAGUCAGGUAGCAGAGCCGGCCACAGGGGGCUAACCUCCAUCCACUCUGGAAGCUCAGCCCACAACAACAACACAGAGAGCCUGUAUGGUGCCCCUGACAACUUUGGACUCUCUCUAAAUCUCAGAGAUCGUUCACAAGAGCAGGUAACAGAAGGAGGAGUAAUGGGAGGAGGGGGGAAGCGUCAUGCCUGCAAUCAAUGCACCAUGACAUUCUCAGACUCUGGCUCCCUUGAGGCCCACAAGCAGACACACAAAACAGGUAGAGUCUCAGGGUCAGGAUCUGGGCCUCCGUACUCCUGCACCAAGUGCGGUAAGUCCUUCACCCAGGCUUGCAACCUCAAGGUCCACCAGCGGGUCCACCAGGCAGAGGGACUCCACCUCUGCAGCCACUGCUCCAAGGGCUUCACCUCCUUCUCCGACCUGAAGAGGCACAAGUGCAUUCAGACAACAGACAAGCCCUACUGCUGCUCCAUCUGUGGGAACAAAUUCAGUCGGCUCUGGAACCUCAAGCUGCACCGGCGCGUUCACACGCAGGAGAAACCCCACCGCUGCACUAUGUGUGACAAGAGCUUCGCUCGGGCAGACAAUUUGAAGGUGCACCAGCGCACCCACACUGGGGAGAGACCGUACUGCUGCGCUGUGUGUGGACUCAGCUUCAAACAACUAAACCAUCUGAAGUGGCACCAGCGCAAACACAGGCUGGAUCUCCUGGCCUGAGCAGUGGUCUAGAAUUUUUUUUUUUUUGAGAAAUUGUUUUUAAAUAAGGACAUAAAAAAUAUGAACUGUUGGAAAUCUAACCAUGUGUUGAAUAUUAAUUAAUGUCUUACAUUAUGGACUGUCUAUAAAUUGUCUGUUAUAAUGAUCAUGCGUAACCUAUGAAACAUUUGAAUGAUGGGACAUUCAUAUGCUCGUGGGAAGUCGUAAGUCUGACAUGAUUGUGUUCAAGUGCAUUUUAAGUCAGACCAAUUCUUUAACCAAUAAGAUUUUUGCUAGCUUGUUUUCUAGCUCAUGAUGCUCAUAAUAAAGUUAUCUAGUUUGCUUAACAUUGACAGUAUGGUAAAACUAGCUACAUUAUCCAAAUUGAUAAGUUUUUAAUUGUCAAAAUUGGAUUUGUUGUCAAGUUUUGGUUGAAUAGGUAUAAGUGGUUUCCCAGUUGUAAUUACCAUUUAGAGGGUUGUUCAAGUGAAACUUCCCAGUCCAGCCCAGAUUUUUGCAUACAAAUAAAACAAAAUAAAACACAUUUUAAAGCAACUAGUUUAAUCCCGCAGAACAUAAAAACCAAGGCGUGAGACAUGAACACAGUACACCUAUAUUUAAACUUGUUUUUAGGCUUCUAACUUUCCUAAUAAAAAAAUAAUAAUAAAAACAAAUUAUGACAAAUAACCAGAAUAUGUUUCAAAAACAAUUAUUCAAGUCUCAAUUCAAAUUCCCUGUGCUCAAGAAUGCCAAGGUAACCUGUCUAAAUGACUAUCAUCCUGUAGUACUCACAUCUGUAGCCUAAAAUGCUUUGAAAGCCUGGUCAUGGCUCACAUCAACACCAUCAUCCCAGAUGACCUGUACCCACUCCAAUUUGUAUACAGCCCCAACACUUGGACAAAAGGAACAGCAACAGUACAUGAGAAUGCUUUUCAUUGGCUAAAGCUCAGCAUUCAACGCCAUAGUGCCCUCCAAGCUCAUCACUAACCUCAGGACCCUGGGACUGAACCAUGGACUGAAGACCUCCCUCUGCAACUAGAUCCUGGUCUUCGUGACGUGAAGCCCCCAGGUAGUGAGGGUAGGCAAUAACACACCCGCCACACUAACCAUCAACACGGGGGGCCCUUCAGGGAUGCGUGCUUAGUCCCCUCCUAUACUCUCUGUUCACCCACGAUGCCUGGCCACGCACAACUCCAACAUCAUCAUUUAGUUUGCCGACAACACGAUGGUGGUAGGCCUGAUCACCGACGACGAUGAGACAGCCUUUAGGGAGAAGAUCAGAGACCUGGCAGUUUGGUGCCAGGACAACAACAAGACAAAAGAGCUGAUUGUGGAUUACAGGAAAUCGAGGGCCGAGCACGCACCCAUUCACAUUGACGGGGCUGUAGUGGGUCGAGAGCUGCAAGUUCCUCGGUGUCCACAUCACCAAAUUAUUUUGGUGGCAGGUAGCCUAGUGGUUAGAGCAUUGGGCCAGUAACUGAAAGGUUGCUGGAUUGAAUCCCUGAGCUGACAAAGAAAAAAUCUGUAGUUCUCCCCCUGAGCAGUUAACCGACUGUUCCCUGGUAGGCUGUCAUUGUAAAUAAGAAUGUGUGAUUAACUGACUUGCCUGGUUAAAUAAAGGUAAAUUAAAAAAUAUCACGGUCCCAACACAGUUUUGAAUUACUUUUAUUAUUAUGUUUUACUUUUCUAUUUUUUCUGUAUUUUCUUUCUCUGCAUUGUUAGGAAGGGCCCGUAAGUAAGCAUUUCACUGUUAGUCCACACCUGUUGUUUACGAAGCAUGUGACAAAUAAAAUUUGAAUUCAAAAUU